UCCCCAGACUAAAUACAACCUCAGAGCAGCUAGCAAAGCAGCCACCAAACACUCCUCUAAGCAUACUCUUUCUCAAUCGCCGUUUCUCUCUCAACAUGCAUAGACAAUCUCUCGGCUCACCGGGAUCCAAGUUACUCCACCCACAUGGAGUCAUCAUCGUCGGCGGCAGGGACGACUCCUCCGCCGUCGUCACGGUGGCGGCGGACUCUCAGAAGAUAAUGCUGAUGAAGGACCAAGCCGCCUCUCCUUCACUCUUAGAAGAUGAACAAGUACGCAAGUCAAUCAAAUCUCUUAAUAAGUCAUUGUCCAGAGCUGAGAAGUAUAUUCAUCUCAUUCCUCUUCUGACUUUCCUCUGCUUCCUCAUCCUCUAUCUCUUCUCGCAUAUUCCUUCUGAUAAAGAUUUAGCUCAAUUUCAUGGAUUUGAAGGCUUCGCCAAGCCUAUAGAAUCAGCAAAUAUUGAUGACGAGUUACAGAGAGUGUUAGAAAGCGAUGUUUUACCGAUCCGAAGCAUAAGCAACUUGCAAGAGAUUGAUAGGCAGGAUCCAAAACAUCGGCUCCACCGGAAACUCGCCGAUUUUUAAGCCGCUGUUUUGUGUUUCUCUCUCUUCUUUAUUAUUCUCCUCAUUUCACUCGAUAUAGCUCUAUUCAUGGCGAAUUCUCCGUCGACGGAGCUCUCCCACGUGCGUAACUACCGUUUUUUACUUGGAAAGUAUUUACCACGCGUGUCUUUUGGUUAAUUGGUCAUUUGGCUGUUUACCGAACAAACUUAACCGCGUGUGCACUACUCGUGUAAAUAUUUUACUUUACUUUAUUUGAUGUACCAAAAACAGAAUAUUCACUGCCAAGCCAAGUUUUUGGGGCAAGUAAAUGGAAAUUACUGAGCUGGAGCUGAAAACUAAAAAGGAAAAUGUAAAUUAUCGGUAUUUCCCAGUAAUUAAGCAUUUAUCGGGCGCAAGAUUUAGUCAA